GCAUGUAAGGGAUCCUUUGAAUUGUAUCUCUCUAACAUUCUUCUGCUAGAGUUUAUCACAGAGAAAAUGAUGGAGAGAAGCUGUAGUGCCAUAGAUGAUGGUCUUGAUUUGCUCGAGACUGUAUUUUCUUGGACCGUCAAGGAUGUUCUCAAUGAAAACCUCUGCAAACACAAGGUAAGGAAGAUUCCACAGACAUUUUUGUCAAUAACAGAUUACUUGAACUCCUUCAUUCCUUCACUGGUUGAGGAGACUCGCAGCGACCUGUCUUCAAGCUUGAAAUGUGUGUCAAAGGCUCCCUUUUGUGAAAUCUCGAGCGUUGAACUUGAAAGGUCGAGAAGCUUCAUACCCGCCAAGAACUUGUUCUACCAAAUUGCAGUGAACAGAACCAACAGUGAUGAGGAUGGAAAAUAUGAGCCUGAGGUUGGAGAUCUCAUUGCCUUCACAGAUCUUAAACCAAAAAAUGUAGAUGACUUGAACAGGUCCAAAAGAAGCUACCAUAUUGGAUAUGUUCAUGGAAUAAAAGAAACUAUUGACAGGAUCUCAAUACUCUCAUCCAAAAGCUUUGACAUGGACAUUCAGUUUUCCUUGACGAGCAGCAGUGCACCUAAGCUUUAUGCAAAGAGUAGCAAAAAUGCUCAAAAGCUUUACGCCUUCUGUCUUCUGAACCUUACAACAAAUGUUCGAAUUUGGAAAGCCUUGAAAUUGCAGCUGGAGGGUUCAAGCUUGAGCAUGAUGAGGAAAGUUCUGCAAGCUGACUCAAAGAAUGGAGAAAUCUGUCGGCUUUGUUUUUCUGGGGAAAAAGAUAGUGCAACUUAUUCUAAAGUAAAAAACAUAGUCCUAUCUCAGAAUCUGAACGAAUCCCAGAAAGAUGCAGUUCUAAACUGUGUUACUUCGAGGGAAUGCCAACAUAAUGAUACUGUUAAACUUAUUUGGGGGCCACCAGGAACUGGCAAAACAAAGACCGUAGCUUCCUUGUUAUUUUCCCUGCUUGAGUUAAAAGUCAGAACAUUAACAUGUGCUCCAACUAAUACUGCAGUGUUGGAAGUGGCUGCUCGCCUGCAUAAUUUAGUUAAAGAAUCACUUGAGUUUGAUAUUGGAUUCGGUGACAUAGUUGUAUUUGGCAAUAAAUCUCGAAUGAAAGUAGACUGUUAUCGAGGCCUCAGUGACGUCUUUCUUGAUUAUCGUGUAAACAAUCUUUUGAAGUGUUCUGGAUGGAAACAUUCCUUGGAAUCAAUGAUCAAGUUGCUUGAGUACCCGGAAGAGCAAUAUGAUUCAUAUAAGCGUGAGGAAGAAAAUAGUGUUAAGUCAUUGGAAGAAUUUGCUAUGCAAAAGUACUUCAGCGAGAAGAACGAUGAUCCUCUUACCUUGGAACUUUUGAAGGACUUCACUAGCAUUACUGAGCAAUACCUUUUGUAUAAGGAUGAAAAAAAGAAAAGCAUCAAGACUCUGGAUCAAUUUUUUAUAGAGAGAUUCCGUUCCAAUACAGAGCAAAUAGAGAAAAACCUGGGAACUUUGCGCAUGCACCUUCCGACUUCUUUAGUUCCACUUGCGGAGAUAAAGAAAAUUCCUAUUGCUCUUGAUUUGCUAAGAUCUCUUGAAAACUCUCUGUGCAAAGCCAAGUUGAAGCAAACUUCCGGUGGCUGUGAGGAAGGAGAAAGCAUUGUUGACUUCCUUCGAAGGUUAAGCAUAAAAAAGGAAGAGUGCCUUAUCAAACUGAGAUCACUUUCUCAGACAAUUUUACUUCCAAACAUCAGGGACAAAUAUGAAAUGGCAAAAUUUUGCUUGAUGAGAGCACGCCUGAUUUUCUGUACUGCAUCAAGUUCAACCAAAUUAUUCGAAGAUGGAAUGACACCAGUAGAAUUCUUAGUUAUUGAUGAAGCAGCGCAACUGAAAGAAUGUGAAUCAACAAUUCCAUUGCAGCUACCAGGCCUUCACCAUGUAAUCCUCAUUGGUGACGAGAGACAGCUUCCUGCGGUAGUGAAAAGCCAGGUUUCUGAAGAGGCUGAAUAUGGAAGAAGUUUGUUUGAGAGGCUGGUUUCCUUGGGGUACAAGAAGCAUCUGCUUAAUGUUCAGUAUAGAAUGCACCCAUCCAUCAGCUUAUUCCCAAAUAAGGAGUUCUAUGAGGAGCAACUUUCUGAUGCCCCUUUUGUCAGAGAAAUAGACUAUAAUAGGCGCUUCCUUGAAGGAAAAAUGUAUGCUUCAUAUUCAUUUAUAAACAUAGCUAAGGGUAAAGAGCAGAAACCUGGUCGUGGCCACGGGUGGAAGAACAUGGCUGAGGCUGCUGCUGUUUGCAAGAUUAUAGAAAGCCUUGAAAAUGAAUUUUUGAGGUCAAAGAAGAAAGUUAGCAUAGGAAUCAUAUCUCCAUAUAAUGGUCAGGUGUCUGAAAUCCAGGAAAGAAUUAAGCACCAAAAUUUGGUUUCUGAUCCUAACUUUUCUGUUAGUGUUCGUUCUGUUGAUGGCUUUCAAGGUGGUGAAGAAGAUAUAAUAAUAAUCUCCACUGUGAGAUCAAAUGGGAAUGGAAAUAUAGGUUUCCUUGACAACAGGCAAAGAGCCAAUGUGGCAUUGACUCGGGCGAGACAUUGCCUAUGGAUAUUAGGGAAUGAAAAAACUUUAAGCAGUAGUGAUUCUCUGUGGAGAAAUCUAGUUAAUGAUGCUAAGGAAAGAGAGUGUUUCCAUAAGGCCGACGAUGACAAAAAACUGGCCAUGGCCAUUGAGUGUGAAGCCUUGCUUAUUGAACUACUUGAUGAAUCAGAGACCCCGUUUAAGAAACUCAGUCUAGGGGGCCCUUCUCGAACUACUGCUACCACCUUCAGGUUAGUGAAUAUCAGCCUACCCAUCAAUUUUCAUUUUACUCAUUAAUGACUAAGUAGGCAAAUGAUAACUUUUAACAAGUGUAUUUUAAGCUCAACUCAGCAUUACAAAUUUGUAUCCACUUCACAAUAAUAGAGAACAUAAUUUACGAGUACCAAGCAUGCAGUAGCAUAAUUGUACACAUUAUAUUAGCAUUAUUGCCAGUUUGGAGACCUAACCAUUUAUGACUAUAUAGCAGAGGGUCUUUCAGGGGCAGGCCAAGGGCACCAAGGUGGUGAAGAAUGGUACUCUACAGACUGAACCCCGGAACAACAAAUAUGACUAGUGAAUUGUUAGAGUUUGCCUGCAUAUGGUGUGAGUUGUAUCCUUUUAUAUUGUUGUGUAAGAUUUAGGACCAAAUCCAAUGCUUUAUAACAGUUUACCGCCGUAGUAUAUACAAGAUAUAGAGUAUCAGCACCACUGAAGAUCACCUCAAUAUACUGUAAAUUUGUGUACAACUGUCAAAAUAAUGCAAGGGUGACUUUAUUGAUUUCUAAAAUCCAAUAAAAAAUAUACGAAUUACACAUUCAACCAUUCUUGCGUUAUUACUUUCAAAUAUGCGGCCAGGGAAACAUUUACUUUUGCUGCUUAUUUUGUCACGGAAUCCCCAAUGUCAUACCUGUCUUAUUACGUGAUCGAACAGAAUAAACUUUACAAUAUAUAAUUCCUAUAUAAAAAACAACUUAUAAAUAGAAUAGUAUAAUUACUUCAGUAAAAAAAUUACCCUAACAUACCAUUGUCCAAUUCUUAAUUUAUAUUUUCCUCAUCUUAUUUUUUUAAUUCUUGACGGGAGGAACAAUUGCUGGUUG